GGACCGUGAUUGAGGGUCCACGCCCAGCCCGGUCCGCGCUACAUCCGGGCUUUCUGCAGGGUGUCACAAGCCUGCGAAGAUGGCGACUGCGGGGAGGAAUACACUGCUAUCCGCUAGCUUAACUGUAAAUAACAGCGCAGCAGAAAGCCAAAACCCAGAGGAAGACGACGGACAGAAUUUAUGGUCAUCGAUAUUGAGUGAAGUAUCGACGCGUUCACGGUCCAAGCUGCCGUCGGGGAAGAAUGUCGUGGUUAUGGGUGAAGUGGGAUCCGGUAAGACUACCAUGGUGGCCAAACUGCAGGGUGUGGAGGAAUACAUGAAGGGUCGGGGCUUGGAGUAUCUAUACUUUAAUGUGCACGACGAAGACGUCGAUGACCAUACACGGUGUAACGCAUGGGUGUUGGAUGGGGAUCUGUAUCACAAAGGCCUGCAGAAGUUUGUUCUUUCUGUGGAUAACCUGGCUGACUCUCUGGCCUUGUUCGUGGUGGAUCUGUCCCGGCCCUGGCUGGCCCUAGACUCUCUGCAGAAAUGGGCGAGCGUGGUGAGGGACUACCUGGACAAACUGCGAGUGCCUCCUGAGACCAUGAGAGAGCUGGAGCACAGAUUGGUGAAGCAGUUCCAGGAGUAUGUAGAGCCAGGCAGUGAUCUGGAAGCCGUGCCCCAGAGGAGAAAUCCUGAGUCGGAGGAGGAGAGCAUCGUUCUGCCCCUGGGGGACAACACACUUACACACAACUUGGGCAUUCCUUUAGUGGUGGUCUGCACUAAGUGUGAUGCUAUCAGCACUCUGGAGAAGGAGCACGAUUAUAGAGAUGAGCACUUAGACUUCAUCCAGUCACACAUCCGGCGCUUCUGCCUGCAAUAUGGAGCAGCGCUACUCUACACAUCCAUGAAGGAGAAUAAAAAUCUAGACUUGUUAUAUAAAUACCUUGUGCACAGGUUAUAUGGCUUUCCAUUCAACUUCCCUGCCCAGGUGGUGGAGAAGGAUUCAGUGUUUAUUCCAUCAGGAUGGGACAACGAAAAAAAGAUUGCUAUUCUACAUGAAAAUUUCCAGACAGUAAAAGCAGACGAUAACUUUGAAGAUGUAAUAGUGAAGCCACCAGUUAGAAAGUUUGUACAUGAGAAGGAAAUUCAAGCAGAAGAUGACCAGGUGUUUCUUGUAAAAUUGCAGACACUGUUAGCCAAACAGCCUCCAGUUACUGCAGGAAGGCCAGUGGACACCUCAAACAGAGCUCCUACCGGCUCUCCAAGGACAACUAACCGCUCAGCGGCUGCUAAUGUGGCCAACGUCAUGCCCAUGCAAUCAGGUACCAAGAAGAUUGAUCCCAACAUGAAAGGUGGUCAGACCAGCGAGGGCGUGCUGGCUAACUUCUUCAACAGCCUCUUGACUAAAAAGGCAGGUUCACCCGGUCCCGGUGGCCAGCCCGCAGGGGGAGGGAGCAACACUCCUGGAACAGUCCGCAAGUCAGACCUCUGACAUCAACAACGGCUCUAAGUUGGGGUUGACUGACGUCCAGGCGGAGCUGGACCGAAUUUCCAACAAAUCGGAUCUGGAUCCUUCCGCAACCACGCCCCCUGCAGAAAACGACGAAUCCUGAACAAGACGCAGGAUUACUCACUGUCACACCCCACCCCUGUACUCUCCACCCCCUCAAAACCUGCCUCCCUUCUUCCACCUGUCCUCUCUUCCUGACCUCUCCCCUGUCCAUCUCACCACCACUCCUUCAGAGGGGAGGUUAACAUACUCCCCUUAAGGCCAGUGACUCCAGACUGCAUGUUGGGCGGAUUGCCUUGCUAUGUCUGUUUCUGUAUACACAUGUGCACACACACACACACACACACACACACACACACACACACACACACACACACACACACACUGCUCAUGUAUAUGUGUGAAGAGAGUGAGAAAGAGCGGUGCUGCUGGAUUGGGUUAGUCAAAUAUGUAAAACAAGUGAAACGUUAGCAGGUUGUAAGGGAAGCAGGGAUAUUUAGGACUGUGUAAAGUGUAGAGAGGAAGGAUGGGUUUGCGUUCUAAUGAAUGUGAGGAUUUUUUUUUUUUUUUUUUUUUGGGCAGUAAUAUUAUAAGUGACGAGGUUAAUCUAUCUCUUCAUGAUUGUCCCUUGACAUUACAAACAAGUGUACAUUUCUAGACUAUCUAGAUAUCUUAAAACCAAUCUGGACACAGAAAAGGGAAGCAUCAUGUUUUUUGCCAUAGACAGCGGUGUGGCCUAGCCGGAGUGCUUUAUGACAUCGGAAAGCAUUGGGCGUGGCCACCAUGUACAGCAGCUUUCAUUGAAUAGCCUUAGUACACUACACGUUUGCGCAGACACAAACAAAUCUCCACUGGGCUUCCUUUUGUUUGUUUUUUUUGUUUGUUUUUUUAUAUCAUAGGACUUUCUCAGAGGCUUUACUUUGUGACUAUGCUUUUGCCAGGUCGGUUAUUUUGAAGUCUGAUUUUUUUUUUUUUUUGAAGCUAGUGUUUUGUUUACAUUAACUUAAACAGGAAGUUUUCAAGACUAUUCCUUUUUAGUGCUGCAAAGCUUAGCAUUUUAAUCCAGUCUUGGGACAGUUUAUGAGGCUUCUGACUGUGUGUUUACAGUACUAGUACAUUUAUAGCAAUUAGAGCUUCCAAACACAUUUCAGCGGGUUAUUGCCUGUCAAAGGCGACGUCUAGAUUCAUGGCACCUUAACAUACCUCCUAACAUACCAAGCAAAUCAAGUGUCACGCAAACACUUGUGAAGUGCGUACCUUUAAUUUCUCGAUGACAGUAAAAACCUCAAUGUUGCACUACAGGUGAGCGCUAGAAUUCUGGCCAGUACACCAGGCGUCAAUCACAAUACUAACUACAGUAUAGUCGAGCCAGACAGCUCAUUUAGAGUCUUGUGGUGCAUUUCCACUGUGGCACAGCAGAGGGCGUGCCUAGUUCAUGAAGUAACUCUACAAACCAUGGCUGAUUUACAGUGCACAGGAUUUUAGGACUGGCAACCAUGUUUCUUGUACAAAUGUACUGUUUUGUUUUUAUAUUUUCUAAUGAGCUUUGAUACGUGAGUGAUUGUGUGUUUUCUCUUAGUUAGACUUCAGUCCUUUACUGACGGAUGCACUACAACUCAUGCAAACGUGAUCAGUAUUACUGUCUGUACACUAGCCCUGGUGUUUGUGUGUCUGCCUAACUCUGUGGGUGUGCGGUUGUGCGUGUUGAGAAGGAGGUGGUCUGUAGUGUAGUUGUAGUUGAGGAGGAAGCUAGGCGAUGUUGGCUGUAGAGUCUAGAGAAAGUUACUGAAGUCGGUCAGAAGGGGGCGGGGAGGAGGAGGAGGUAGAUGUGAUGGGUGUGUGAGGUCAAAGGUCACCCUCUCCUGUGAGAAUGUACAGUCAUUCAUGUUAAACUUCUGGGUGGGCGGGGGAGCUGAAGGAGGAAAAUAAAAAAAAAAAAAGGAAAAAAAUACUACAAUAACAAGGUCCUGUAAUUUCACAAGAUGUAGUGAUGUUUCUCUGGAUCAGGUCUGUAAGCAUUCUAUUAAAGUUGUAUUUAUUGGGAAUGGC